AUGGCGAACUCCUCUGGUUGGCUGGAAGCCACCAACGUCUCGCUCCACGCCGACCUGGAGCCGUGUGUCCCCUGGAGGAGCCAGGGCUGGCGGGUGGCCCUGUACACGCUCAUCGUGGCCGGCAUCGUCUGCACCGUGGUGGGCAACUUCCUGGUGGUGCUGGCCAUCGCCUACUUCAAGCAGCUGCAGUCGCCCACCAACUCCUUCGUGAUGUCGCUGGCGGUGGCCGACUUCCUGGUGGGCCUGAUCGUCAUGCCCUACAGCAUGGUGCGUACCGUGGAGGGCUGCUGGUACUUCGGCCCCACCUUCUGCGAGGUCCACUCCAGCCUGGACGUCAUGCUCUGCACCGCCUCCAUCUUCCACCUCAGCUGCAUCGCCUUCGACCGCUACUACGCCGUCUGCAACCCCCUGGUGUACGCCUUCAAGAUGUCCAAGGGCAGGGUGACCCUCCUCAUCAUCGUCUGCUGGGUGGUUCCCCUGCUGAUCUCCUUCGGACCCAUAAUGCUCGGGCUGCACAAGGCCGGCGUCGACGUGCCGCUGCCUGACGACGCGUGCUUCUUCCUGGUCAACCAGGUCUACGCCGUCAUGGCCUCCCUGGUGGCCUUCUACCUGCCCAUGGCCACCAUGCUGGUGGCCUACUGGAAAAUCUACAAGGCGGCCAAGCGGCAGGCCAUGCAGAUCAAUGCCAUGGAGAGCCAGAUGACGGCGCAGGGCGCCGAGGCGGGGAAGAAGCAGCGGCAGAGCACCAUGAGGCGGGAGAGGAAGGCGGCCAAGACCCUGGGCAUCAUAAUGGGCGUCUUUCUGCUGUUCUGGCUGCCUUUUUUCACCACCAACAUCAUCGACCCGUUCAUCCAGUACCGGACGGCUGCCGUGGUGUGGGACAUCUUCCUCUGGCUGGGCUACGUCAACUCCUCCCUCAACCCCUUCCUCUACGGCUUCUUCAACCGCUCCUUCCGGAGGGCCUUUCUCAUGAUUAUGGGGUGCAGGCUGUGCCUGCCGGGGUCCCCCCCAAGCGUCGACCUGUCCCUCACCAAGAGGGACGCCCAUGACCGAACAGAAAAGCAAUAG